CACAAGCCGGGCCGCGGCCGAUAAUCCGUGCUACCGGUGCUCACGAAUCUCGCGCGGUAUUGAUUCGAGGAGUUCUGGGCCUGGUCGAGGCCCACGUGCUGCGAAUUGCAUUCGUUCGGGGCAAUGACGACACAUACACCUACUACUCCAGCCUCGCCUCUGCUGGCACUACCAGACGACGUCCUGCAGCGCGUGCUGGUCGGCGUGCCCCUCGAUGAUCACUACACGACCGCCUUGGUCUGUCGAACCUUCCGCGCCGUCGUAACGAGCCCGCAGUUUCAUGCCGUCCGCCGACGGUCCGGCUUCGCGGAGCGCGGCAUCGUCAGCGUCGGAUCCGCAGAUACCCUCGGUGGGAGCAGGAUUCGCAUCGUAAAUAAAAGCGGGGUGGUGGCGAGGAUCGCGGGACCUCUCCACGUCGAUAGAUUUGCCUCGACGACCGACGGUGCCCGGCUGUUUUUUACCACCCUUUGCUAUGGGAAAGGUUGUGAUGUAGUUUUGGCGGUGGAUGCCUCUUCACGCCGAUGGCGCCAGUUCACAACCUUGCCGCAUACUGAUACCGAGCAUACUGAUACCGAGCAACGCUAUCAUUGCAUCGAGUGGCACAAUGGUUGCUUGUACGUCGCUGGCGGCUGGCGUGGCGCGUCGUUCCCCGGUGGUAAUGUCGAUUCUCUUGACGUGUUCACCGAAGCAACUGGGUCGUGGGCGAAUUUGCCUCCUAUGCCGCAUGCCGCUGCGAUGGCGGCCUCGGGUAUCAUUGGCAACCAGCUUUUUGUCGCCGGUGGCUACCAGUUACGGACGUUGCAGGUUUAUGACAUUGCCACCAGGACGUGGACUUUGCGCGCUCAGCUUCCCGAGGCGCGAGCAUACGGCACACAUGGUGUUGUCUUGGACGGGAAACUAUUUCUGAUACACCAGCAUUCCCGUACGUUGGUGUACGAUCCUCAGUCAGACAGGUGGACCGCGGAGAAGUACCAUACCCCAUGGAACUGGGGCGAUGACGAACAUCAGUUUCAUGCCUGCGUCCACGAGGGCCAGAUCGUGGUCUUCUUAAUGGACGGCUCGGCAUUCAAGCGCGCCGCCGACGGCUCGUGGUCCUCGUACAGACCGCGUGGUCACUAUCAGAUUAGGGACGAGGACACCAUCGUCUGCGAGUCCGUCCUCCUCGGCUAGAGACAGGG